CAGUCAGUCAAUUUCACAACUCAACCACCACUAAACCCAACCAAUCCAUUGCAAACAUUUUUCCACAAAUGAACGUUAAUUCCAAACAAUCAUUACCCCACUCCAACAACGGUUACUACUUUUGCUCCUCCCCGGAAACAAGCUCCUCUCCCAACGCCCUUCACUCCGACGAUGAACUACAUGCAUUAGCGUCGGCGCGCCCCAAGAGACGUGCGGGGCGCCGAAUCUUUAAGGAGACACGGCACCCCGUGUACCGGGGGGUGCGACAGAGGAAGAACAACAAGUGGGUCUGCGAGGUUCGUGUCCCCAAUGACAAAUCCACAAGGAUUUGGCUCGGAACGUACCCAACCCCUGAGAUGGCCGCACGCGCGCACGACGUUGCCGCGCUCGCCCUCCGAGGAAAGUCCGCUUGUCUCAACUUCGCCGACUCGGCGUGGCGGCUGCCCUUGCCGGCGUCUACAAAUGCGAAGGAGAUACGGCGAGUGGCGGCGGAGGCUGUUGUGGCGAUUGCUGCGGAAGACAGUUGCCUCGAGCAAUUAGAAAACGAGAAUGUGAAUCCCGUGGUUGACUGCGAAGUUAGCAGCUGUGGUGCCUGCACUGAUGAAGAUGGCAAUAGUAGCAAAGUGCUGCGGGAGUUUGGUGAUUUGGAUGAGAUAACAGUACCAGUUACAUUAGGAUUUGAAGACAUGCAUGAGUGGCUUCAGAACUUGGCGGAUGAGCCUCUGAGAUCUCCUUCUUUUUUAACAUAUGUUAGGGACUGGACAUCUCUUGAGGAUGAUGUUGAAAUUUCUUUGUGGAGCUUCUCCUUCUGAUGCGCAUGCAAUUAUGCGUUUUGCUGUAUGUAGUGUGUAGUUUUGUUUGUUUUCCUUUCGUUUUUAGUUCUUGUACAUGAUGACCAAAUUCUAGCAGGAACUAGGCGAUGCAGGCAGCUACCGGGAAUGAUCAAGUGUAAAACUCUGACUUUUUAUCGCCUAGAAUAUUCAGUUUAAGUGUAUCGUUUCCUUGUAUAAAUUCUUGUUUAUAAUUGAUUCUUUUUUAUUGAUUUUAGUUGAAAUUAUGGUAUUUGUAUUGCUGUUCAAAUUA